AUGGCUCUGGAUGAGACUAAAGGUACAAUAGGCAAGACAACUGUAGCACGGAUCUACAGCAACUUUGUGACAUCGGUCGGUGUCAUCGCCGGCAGCUGCUUCAAGGAGACGUCCGGCUCGAAGCUUGCGGCGAUGGGAGUCCCGGGCUGCCAGCAGAUGUUGGACGACAUGCUCAACGACGGCGGUGGUGUCCUCUUCAUUGACGAGGCCUACCAACUCUCGUCCGGUAAUAGCCCCGGAGGGCGCGGGGUGCUUGACUUCCUGCUCGCCGAGGUGGAGAAUCUCACGGGCAAGAUCAUCUUCCUCCUGGCCGGCUACAGCAAGCAGAUGGAAUCAUUCUUCGCUCACAAUCCGGGCUUCCCCAGCCGGUUCCCGACGGAGAUGAAGUUUGACGACUUUGACGAUGACGAGCUCCUGCGGAUCCUUCAGUAUCAAAUUCAGAAGAAGUACAAUGGCCGCAUGAAGUGGGAGGAUGACCUAUACCUCCGCGUCGUCACCCGGAGACUCGGCCGGGGGCGCGGUAAAGUGGGAUUCGGCAACGCGAGAGCGGUCGAGAAUCUCCUCGCCAACAUCUCCAAGAGACAGGCCAACAGACUCCGAAAGGAGCGCCGUGCUGGAGCCAAGACCAAUGACCUGCUCUUUACCAAGGAGGACCUGGUCGGGCCGGAACCGUCAAGCGCCCUCUCCAGUUGCAAGGCCUGGAAGAAGAUGCAAUGUCUCAUCGGCCUCUCAUCGGUCAAAGAGUCGGUCAAAGCCCUGGUCGACAGCAUUCAGUCGAACUAUCUCCGUGAGCUCGCCGAGGAGCCCGUCAUCGAGUAUUCCCUCAACAGGGUCUUCCUCGGGUCACCCGGGACUGGCAAGACCACCGUCGCGAAGCUUUACGGCCAGAUCCUGGUGGACAUCGGACUGCUGUCAAACGGAGAAGUAGUGGUUGUCAAGAACCCGUCCGACUUCAUAGGUACGGUUCUGGGUGCCUCUGAGGCCCAGACCAAAGGCAUUCUCGCAGCGACAGAGGGCAAGGUUCUCGUCAUCGACGAAGCGUACGGCUUAUACGGUGGCAGCAGCGGCAGCAGUGGAUCAGUCGGGAAAUUCUCCGACCCUUACAAGACCGCAGUGGUCGACACCAUUGUGGCCGAAGUCCAAGGCGCCCCGGGAGAAGACCGCUGCGUGCUGCUUCUCGGCUACAAGGACCAAAUGGAGGAAAUGUUACAAAACGCGAACCCAGGCCUUAGUCGCCGAUUCCCCCUCUCCUCGGCUUUCACUUUCGAAGACUUUGACAGCUCCGAACUGGCAAAGAUCCUCGAUCUCAAGCUCGAGCAACAAGGUUUCUCGGCCACUGACCAGGCCAAGCGAGUUGCCUUGGAGAUGUUGGAACGCGCGCGCAACCGGCCGAACUUUGGCAACGCCGGCGAGGUGGACAUCCUCCUCAACGAAGCCAAGGCCCGCCACCAGCGCCGCCUUUCGUCCAAGGAGACGGACAAACUCUCGACCCUCGAGGCACUCGACUUGGACGAAAACUUUGACCGGGCGGAACGCACCGAUACCAACGUGGCCAAGCUGUUCGAGGGCACCGUCGGCUGCGAGAAGAUCGUCGCCACGCUGGAAGGGUUCCAGGAGAGCGUACGGUCCAUGAAGUCUUUUGGGAUGGACCCCAAGGAGAACAUCCCCUUUAACUUCCUCUUCCGCGGCCCCCCCGGGACGGGCAAGACGUCCACGGCGAGGAAGAUGGGAAAGGUCUUUUACGAUAUGGGAUUCCUGGCCACCGCCGAGGUACUCGACCGUUCUGCGUCCGAUCUCGUUGGGCAGUAUGUUGGGCAGACGGGUCCCAAGGUCCGGGAACUCCUCGACAAGGCUCUUGGCCGGGUGCUGUUCAUCGACGAGGCGUACCGCUUGGCCGAGGGUCACUUCGCCCAGGAAGCCGUCGACGAGCUCGUCGAUUCCGUCACCAAGGACAAGUACAAGGGCCGUAUGGUCAUCAUCUUGGCGGGCUACGACGACGACAUCAACCGGCUGAUCUCGGUCAACCCGGGCAUGUCCAGCCGCUUCCCCGAGGUUAUCGACUUCUACAGCCUCAGCGCCGAGGAUUGUUUCGACCUCUUGCUUCAGCUCCUCACGAAGCAGAAGCGCAUGCUCGAGAGCAAGAAGCCGUUCAACCGCCUUGUGCUGAACUGCCUCGAGCACCCCACGACAGACUUCAAGGACGACGUCGUCAGCAACUUCCGCGCGCUCUCGGCGCAACCCAGCUGGGCCAGCGCCCGCGACGUCGAGACUCUGGCCAAGUCCAUCUUCUCGGUGGCCAUGAAGUCCCGCCAGGGCACGUGUGUCACGGUCACGGAAGCCAUGGUUGAGGCGGAGCUCGACAAGAUGUUUGACGAGCGGGAGAUCCGCGGCAAGCAAGCCGAAACCACACGCAAGAGGGUCAGGUUGCAGGAUUUGUUCAUGGCACCUCCACCCGCUCAGACGCCGCACAAGAUCAGCUCGCAGUAUCAGGCAUCUACCAAGGAAGACGAGGCGAGUUGCACGCCGCCCGAGAGCCCGACCGCAGAGGUCGACAACGGCAAGCGCAAGUCUGUCCGGGACGCCGGCGUCAGCGACGAGGUCUGGGAGCAGCUGGAGAGUGACAAGAAGGCACAGGAGGAGAGAGACGCCAAGUACCGGGCUAUGCUCGAGACGAAGCGCAAGGCGGUCGGUGCCGCGCGCGAAGCCAUCCUCAAGGAAUUGAUCGAGGAGGAAGAGCGGCUCAAGAAGGAAGAAGAGCAACGGAAGAAGGCCGCGAAGAUGGGAAGAUGCCCGGUGGGAUACGAUUGGAUCAAGCAGGCUCAGGGGGGGUUUCGGUGCGCGGGAGGGUCGCAUUACAUCUCUGAUGAGGAGCUUGCCUCGUCUUAA